CGUGUUGAUUUUGCCUUCUUUGCAGUUCGCAGUUUGAGGUUUGGACUUUCGGAGCUGGUGUUUAUAAUUGUUUGUUAAGUAAAAGUUGUUUUUAAUUUUGUUAUUUACUGUACACAUGAUUUUGGAUUUCCUGAAAGUUUUCGCUCUAAACCAGUAUAGUGUUAGUUCAGUUGGUUGACUUGGUUUCUUUCGCGGACCUGCGCUUAUCCCAGCUUGUUUUCAGUGCUGACCGUGCUGAGUUGAUCCGUUUACCAUGCCCAAACCGAAACCAAUCACUCCCGCCGUGGCCAAAGCUGUAUAUAAAAUGCGCGAAGAGAACCAGAGUUACGCCAAGAUCGCCAACCUGUUCGGGUACAGUGUUGCAUGGGUGCAGUACGUGUUGAAGCACUUCAACGCCAAAGGAGAACGGGUCCUGACGUCCAACUACAAAAAUCCCAAGGCCCUCGUUCCGCCGUCAGGAGCUGAAGCCAGUGCUGACGGCGGGCUUCUCAAUCACGGUGCGCCCAGUACGAGCGCCAACGGCGAGCUGGAGGAGGAGAGCAAAGUUGUCAAAGGGAAAAAGAAAGCAGCCAACAAGAAGAAAGAAAUUGCCAAGGGUGAACACGUCCCGUCAGUUCCGGCAUCCCUGGGUUUGGCUCUGGACUUCAACCGAGACUUCAUGAACGCUCAGUACGGCCUCUCUCCGCAGCAGGACGCCGGCGCGCGGAUGCGAAUCCGCCCCGCUGUCGCCACCGACUGCCCGGAGAUCUGCUCGCUAAUCUACGAACUGGCCCAUUAUCAGGGCUUCCCCACUGGUCCCCAGAUGACCGCCGAUCGCCUCCGACAGGACGGAUUUCCCGAGCCCUCCUCGGGCCAGAAGCCCCUGUACUUUGCCCUGGUGGCACACGAUAUUCAGAUCAAUAAGGUGGUGGGUUAUGCCAUCUUCUACCAUUUUUAUUCCACAUGGCGCGGUAAGGCCAUGUACCUGGAGGAUAUCUACGUGCAGCCGGCCUACCGGCGCCACGGUGUGGGGCGCCGGUUGUUGGGGCGGGUGUGCAAGACAGCGCUGGACGAUGGAUGCGAUCAGAUGCGGUUGGCCGUACUGCGAGACAAUAUGGGAGCCAAUGAUUUCUAUGAGACUCUGGGCAUGGACAAUAUUACUCUGACGGAUGGCUGGCAGUUUGGGAAAUUUGAGACCGCCGCGCUGCAGAGUUUGGCUCAGAUGGGCUAGUAUGUUCCUUUAAGAAUGUGUUCCUUGGCUUUUUUGCUGAAGAAUGGGCAUACAGUCUGACCCGGAUACGUUGGAUGGGCUGGAUUAAGUCAGCAAAGGUUUUGUUAUAAUUAAGCAUAAUUCUCGCCGGUGUUACUGCACGUUUAAGCUGUCAACUUUUGUCGGAUCUAUAUUUCUUGAAUUAUUGUGGUAUUGGGGAUGGCGUGUUAAAACCUCAAGAUUUCAGUGGCGGGUCGCAUCAGAAUUACGAUACAGUACCUAUAUUAAUGUUAUUUCCUUGUUGAUUAUUGUGUUGUGUGUCCGGCGGUCCGCACACUUUUUGGAUCAAUACUGUACCAACAAAUAAAUCUUUCAUAGCUUACUUGUCAGAACUAGAAGUACAGAUAGU